UUUUGCACAACAGUUUUGCUGAAAAGACAUCGCAAGCGAUGGUCCUUUAGAGAAUUUGAGAGCUCCUACAGGUUAUAAAUCUCGGAAUUGCAAAAUUUCCAACUCUCGGCCUAAGAUUGCACUAACUAAAAGACAAUCACAAUCGCGUGCAUUUGUGCAGGAUUUCAAAAUGCUCGAAGAAUGGAAAGCACUUGGUUUAGUCACCUCUUUGCUUGUAAUACUGUUUCUCACGCGGUCACUUUUGUAUCGAAGUAUUCAGGUUGCACUAGUUUACUGGCGAGUCCCAUGGAAAAAUGCCAAAGGAGAACGAAUGCGAGGAGAAUUGCCACACCUACCUUACGGGCACUUUCACCAAGUGAAUUUCUUUGGUCGACCGCUGUCCAAGAUACACGGCCCAAUUUACUACAUCUGGCAUUGUCUGACACCAGUUGUGAUCUUAGCUGACGCAGAUGCCAUUCGCUCGUUCUAUACCGACCACUACUCGCACCAGCGCGACCGAGAUUUCACCUGCCUCGGCACCGUUUUCAAAGACAUUUUAGGAAAUUGCUUGGCAACCAGCCACGGGCGUGACGAGGUGAGACGAUGCCGCGGCCCUUUCGAGAAAUACUUCUCUUCCAGUGCUGUUUCGGCCACUCUGCGUACGAUUGGACGAGAGUGCACCACAUUCCUAAAUUCCUUACCAGUUGGUAGGCCGGUGGAUCUUCAAAAGGAGGGUCUUGCCAACGUCACACUUCGUGUACUUGUGCAAGUCGUCUACGGAGAAGAAGUCCUACAAAAAUAUUUCCAACGUAUCAUGGAGGUCAGUGAUUUGCUUCAGGAUGCCGUCAAUCAGUUUAAUGUGGGUGAAACCAGGCUGCCAUUCUACUCCUAUGUUCCUAGUAAGGUGAACAAGACGACUCAGGCCUUCAACGAAGCAUGGGAGGCGUUUAACCUUUUCUUGUUUGAAGAAUACGAGGAGGGACGACUCAGGUCUAAUGAUGGAUUAUUCUUUAUCAUGAUGGAACAACUGAAGACUCACGCACUCGACUUGGGAGAGCAAGAGCUAUUUCAUUCUGUGAAUGAAAUCCUGCUCUUGAAUAUUGACGUCAGCUUCGCUGCCACUUCGUUUGCCUUGGCCGAUCUUGCUCGUUACACUUCCGUUCAAGAAAUAGUUCAACAGGAAGUAGACGAUAUAUUAUUAGGGGCUGACCCGAGUUCAUCUGAAGACCUGGAUAACAAGCUACCUUAUAUGGAGAUGGUUUUGAAAGAAAGUGCCCGGAUGAACCCAGCAUUGGCGCUUAGUCUUCCUGAGAGAACAGUGAAACCUGUCACUGAUAUUGGAGGUUAUCAAAUUCCAAAAGGGACUCCCGUUUGCGUGGAUACCCAGUCACUGAACUUUUCCGAGAAGUAUUGGAGAAACCCUGACAAAUUCGACCCCAGUCGCUUCGCGAACGGCGCAAGACCAGUGCCAGGCUCUCUCUUCCGCUUUGGUAUGGGUCCAAGGAAAUGCUUGGGUUAUCGGUAUGCCCUGGCAAUCACCCGAAUAGUUGUUGCUUCUGUUUUACAGAGGUACACUCUCCAACUUGCCAAUCCUGACGCUGCAAGGCGUGUGAAGACCAAAGGAAUGACUUUCUUCACACCUUUUCUUUGUCCAGAGAUAAUAUUCAACGAGAGACUUAAAAACAAUGCUUGAACUUUAAAGUCGAGUUCAGCUCACGGACGGUCAGAUUUCUUCCCCGAAUGAUUUUGAUUUUCCUGAUAGUCUGUCAAAUAUUCUUGAAUAUUCUUCUC